AUGGCCGCCACAAUUUCAGUCUCUCCAGUCAACCAUUCACCAUCGCCGCCUAUUUUCCCUUCCGAUGUCCCUGUCCCAGGCAAAGCUCACAGCAAGCGUUCUCUGGUAACGGCCCCAUGUGACUGGUCCUCCCGCCUCUUCCUCUUCUCUGCCCCACCUUCCUCUAUUCCUCUACCUCCAAACACAGACGCAGGGCAAUCUCCAGUUGCUUCCCAGUUGGAUCUAAACAAUUGCAAAGGUUUCCACCCUUCCCUCUACGGUAUCCUACCCACACAUGCCCCAUUAUCCUUCACCUCCACAACCGCUUUUUCAUAG